GAGAGAGGGGUCAGAAUAGACCCGGUCAUGGAGAUGAGCGGAGACGUCUGUUACGAGAACGUGAACUUCACGUCAGAGAGCAGCGAAGACAGAGGACUGAAGACGGAGAAAGUUCCGGAUCUCGACAAGGAAGAGACAUGUCUUUAUUCUUACGUUGACAGAAAGCCAAAAGAACUUCAACAACAGAAUGCCGAACCCAGCAAAGUCACAGAACCCACAACCCCUGACCCAGGACCAGAACCAGGACCACAACCAGGACCAGGACCAGGACCAGCUUUAAGUUGUGGGUGUUCGAAGAGGAGCAUCUCCAGAGCUGUAGCAGUGUGUCUAGCGCUGCUGUGUGUUCUUCUGCUGGCCGCGUUCACAGCCCUGGGAAUAUUAUACAAUCAAUUCAGAGAGAAUGAGAGAGACCAACUACAAUCCAAAUACAACAAUGUGACUCAACAAAGAGACCACUUACUGAUCAGUUACAGUAACAUGACCCACCUGAGAGACCAGCUGAACACCAAUUACGCCAACCUGGCCAGAGAGAGAGACCAGUUACAGACCAUGAACACUAACCUGUCCAGAGAGAGAGACCAUCUUAACACCAGUAACACCAUCCUGACCAGAGAGAGAGACCGGCUGAACACCAUUAACACUAACCUGUCCAGAGAGAGAGACCAAUGGAACACCAGUUACGCCAAUUUGACCAGAGAGAGAGACCAGUUACAGACUAGUUACACCAACGUGACCAGAGAGCGAGACCAGUUACAGACCAUUAACACUAACCUGACCAGAGAGAGAGACCAGCUUAACACCAGUAACACCAUCCUGACCAGAGAGAGAGACCGGCUGAACACCAUUAACACUAACCUGACCAGAGAGAAAGAUGAACUUAAGAAAAGGCUAUGCAAUGACACUUCCUGUUCUGCUGGCUGGCAGAAGAUAGGCUGCAGCUGUUACAACGUCUCUGCUGAGAAGAAAAACUGGUCUGACAGCAGACAGGACUGUAGAGACAGAGGAGCAGACCUGGUGAUCAUAAACAGCCCAGAGGAACAGAAAUUCCUCGAUAACCUCAACAAGACAGUGUGGAUCGGUCUGACUGACACAGUAACAGAAGGGAACUUUAUCUGGGUGGACGGAACUCCACUGACCACACCCACGUACUGGUACAGCCCUCAGCCUGAUAAUUACCUUCACCAACCAGGCAGUGUUGAUGAGGACUGUGUUGAGAUAUUAUACACAUCUCCUCGAUAUCCAAAUCUUCUUCCUCCCACAACAUGGAAUGAUAACGUAUGUGAUGUUAAUCAUUUAUGGGUCUGUGAGAGAGGGAUCUAACAACUGUGGGUUUUCUAUGCAUAAUUAAUUUUUCUAUGCAUUACAUUUUCUAGCUACAUUAUUUUCUUGUCAAUAACACCUGUCAUAGCUGCAUGAUUGAAAUAACUGUGACAAUGAGCUUUCACUUCCUAUUGGCUAAUAUAGGAAAUUAUGUAAUAAUGAGUUACAUAGGCUUAAUCUUCAUAUAGCUACCUAGAAACAUUUCUAUUAGUUAGUUGAGUUUAUUAUCUACCACACAGCUUGGUUUUCUUAUAAGUUAUUUCUGAAAUAAAAGUCCUUUGGUCAUGUUGUCUGGACUCCUCAUUGACCCUGCAUUUCAGUGUGUCUCUAUGACAUCAGCCGUGGCUCUGGGGCAGUGUGGGAAAUACUGACUACCUGACUGUAAGUCGUCGUCAACGACGACUAACGCUGAGGUUACGUCACAAAGUCUGUGACCGGUCAUUGAGGUCGAAUAGAAGACAUUUAAAAGUAAAGUAAAAAUAAACAGUCUGAUGGAGUCUGGUGGCUGAGCGGUUAAGGAAUCGGGCUAGUAAUCUGAAGGUUGCCAGUUCGAUUCCCGGCCGUGCGAAAUGACGUUGUGUCCUUGGGCAAGGCACUUCACCCUACUUGCCUCGGGGGGAAUGUCCCUGUACUCACUGUAAGUCGCUCUGGAUAAGAGCGUCUGCUAAAUGACUAAAUGUAAAUAAAAAUACAAUGUUACGUUUAAUUCUUAAUUCUUGCAUUGGACUGCUAACCUGUUUAUAGAAAAUGUACUUGUUUGCUUCGUACAGGUGUCAUUGUAGCUCACCUGAUACAGUGCAAACGUACCCGCCCUUUCUUGGUAGAUAAGGGUCAGUCUAUGGGAGAGGUAACCUGAGUUUGAUGCCUAUUUCAGCAGUGCAAUAAUGUCUUCUAAAUACUGUUUCCACCAGUUGUUUGUCUUUAAGUUUAUGUGUUUUGUACUUUUUCUGGUUAACAUUCUUUGUUUUGAAAAUAUCUUUUGGAACAAACAACAUUUUAAUAAAGAGGAAUCAUUUGUCCUGA